AUGCCUGCCGAGAAGAAAAUGAAAGCUAAAGAGUUGAAGCGGAAAAAUGUGGUAGAAGCGUUGAAGCGCAUGGAUGAAUUUCUAGUGAAUUACGCUCCAGAUGAGCAUCAAUAUGAAGUGCCUCUACGACUCGAACGCUUAGAAAAGCUAAAUGAAGCGUUCGAGAUGAUCCAGUCGGAAUACGAACAGCUAGAUGAUAGCGAGCAGUUUUUAAUUGCGAACAUGGAAUGUCGAGCAAAAAUAGAAGAGCAGUAUUUUCGCAUCAAAGCCAGCCUGAUCUCAAAGAUGCCCCAGCCAGUCCCCGUUCCUGUUGCGCAAACGUCAGCUUCAGAACCCCAGCUCAUCCCGUCCGGUCUAGCAAAUGUGAAAUUGCCAACGAUAACGCUGCCAGAAUUUGAUGGAGAUUUCAACAAUUGGCUGACGUUCCACGAUACGUUCGUUUCGAUGAUUCAUGCCUCAACAGAAAUAUCUUGUGUGCAGAAGUUCCAUUAUCUCCGUGCGGCCUUGAAGGGAGAGGCUGCCAAUCUGAUCCAGUCUAUUACCAUUACUGCAGCAAAUUAUUCGAUGGCAUGGGAUACCCUUGUCAAGCGCUAUUCCAAUAAGGCAAUACUACGCAAGAAGCACAUUCGAGCGCUUUUGAAAUACCCGAAGAUCCUGAACAGUAACGUCGAUGCUCUGCAUAAAAUCGUGGACGACUUUCAACGUCAUGUAAAGAUGCUGCAGCAAUUAGGCGAACCCGUUGAACAUUUCAGUUCUAUACUGAUAGAGCUUUUGGAAGAUAAGCUGGAUGACGCAUCAUUGCAGGCAUGGGAGGAAUCAGUGUCAUCGGAGGAACAACCCACGUACACUAAGUUGAUAGAAUUUUUGCUAAAGAGAACCCGUGUACUAGAGAACAUUCUCAUCAACCGUCCCCAACACGGCAACCCCAUGUCCGGUGGCCAGCAUUCAGGAAAUAAGAAACCCUUCCAGUUCCGCGUGAACACCAAUGCCAUGACCGAAGCUGCUCCGAAGAUGUUCCCGCCCUGUCCCGCUUGUGAAAGAGACAAACAUCCCGUGGUUGAAUGUCCUGUUUUUAACGGAUUAGACGUAAAAGGCCGUCUUAAAGUGCUUACCGAUAAAAAACUGUGCAGCAACUGCUUUCGAAGUGACCAUUUUGCCCGUACCUGUCGGUCCAAAUACCGUUGCAGGCACUGCCAUAAACGACAUCAUUCCAUGAUUCAUCCCGGUCCUUUCCGGUCUAUAGAAAACGAUCCCGUUGCUGAUCGUGCACCGCCUGGCGCGUUUCAAAUUGCUACCGCUGUUGCUACCCCGUUUUCACCCGAUCCAGUUCAGUUAAAUGCUGCUGCAAAGGAAACUAGCGGAAACGUUAUCCUGUCGACCGUUGUUCUUUUAAUAGUUGAUGCCUACGGUCAGAAGCAUAUAGCCCGAGCCCUGUUGGAUACUGGAUCGCAGCCUAAUGCGAUCAGUGAGCAUUUAUGCCAGCAAUUGCAUCUUCCUCGAAAAAUUGUUAACGUGCCCAUUGCAGGCGUGGAUGGUAUAACAACCAAUUCAAAAUAUCAAAUCCGCGCUGAAAUCCGUUCCCGAGUUACCGGGUUCAAGGACAUUCUUGAUUUCUUGGUCCUACGAAAAGUGACCAGUGACACACCUCCCAGAUCGUACACUGUUUCACAAUGGAAAAUUCCCGAUGGAAUACAACUAGCCGAUCCCGAGUUCAACGUUAGUCGUAGGAUCGAUCUGAUUAUUGGUGCCGGUGAUUUCUAUACGCAACUGUUGGAAGGUCGGCUACGAUUGGCUACUAACAAAUCCCUGUUAGUUGAGUCUGUGUUUGGUUGGAUAGUAACAGGCAAGACCACAAUACCCGCUGAAGAAGCCCAGCAAGCACCAGUAGCUUGUCAUGUGGCGACAGUUACAUCAGUCGACAAACUGCUCGAGCGUUUUUGGGCUGUAGAAGAAGUCAGUAAAACAAAUUAUUCGAUCACCGAGCAAGAGUGUGAAGACCUUUUUUCUGCCACGACAACCCGAGAUGCUACCGGAAGAUACAUCGUUCGAUUACCGAAGCAGUCUAAAUUCGAACAGCUGAUUGGAGGUUCGAAGUUCAACGCAUUACGACGUUUCAAGUGGCUGGAGCAGAAAUUAGAAAAGGACGCUGAUCUUAAGCAACAAUAUUGCGAUUUCAUGGCAGAAUAUAUUUCCCUGGAGCAUAUGCGUGCCAUUCCCGAGGACCAUUUGGACGGUCCCGAAGCUUUCUAUCUCCCGCAUCACCCUGUAAUCAAAACUUCCAGUACCACCACUAAAGUGCGAGUGGUGUUUGAUGGUUCCGCGAGAUCUAAAUCCGGACAUUCGCUUAACGACGCCCUGCUUGUUGGCCCGGUAGUGCAGGAUGAGCUACUAAGCAACAUUCUACGAUUUCGCAAAUUCCCGAUCGCGCUUGUAGCGGACAUCGAAAAAAUGUACCGCCAAGUUUUGAUACACCCAGUAGACCGUCGGCUGCAGCGGAUCUUUUGGCGAUUCAACAGUACGCAACCCAUUGGCACAUAUGAACUUUCGACGGUAACCUAUGGUCUCGCCCCCUCCUCGUUCUUGGCAACCCGAACCCUGCACCAACUGGUGAAUGAUGAAGGUAACCUGUUUCCCAAGGCUGGCCCAUCAGUCAAAAAAUGUAUGUACGUCGAUGAUUUCAUUGGUGGGGAACAUUCAGUAGAGCAGGCGAUCCAGCUACGCAACGCACUCAACGAGCUAUUGCAGAAAGGUGGCUUCUGUCUUCGUAAAUGGAACUCGAAUGACCCUAAAGCACUAGCUGACCUCCCACAAGAAUUGCUGGGAACAAAAACAUCCCACAAAUUUGAUUCGGAGGAAACAAUCAAGACGCUGGGAAUCAGUUGGGAACCGGCAAGCGACUUGUUCAGCUUCGACGUUGCUGUAAAUCUGCAUAGUGGCCCAGCAACUAAGCGCAGCGUACUUUCAACUAUCGCCCAGCUUUUCGACCCGUUAGGCCUGAUCGCUCCCGUAAUCGUCCAGGCAAAAAUCCUAUUGCAACAUUUAUGGCUCUUAUCUUUGAAAUGGGACGAGGAAGUAACGCCGGAAUUCCAAACGAAGUGGUCGACGUUCUGCCAAAAUCUCCCGGAUCUUCGUAGUUUUCGGAUCGAUCGUUUUGCCUUCCUGCCCCAGUUUUCUUCCGUUGAGCUACAUUGUUUUGCAGAUGCGUCAGAAGCAGCUUAUGGCGCAUGCAUAUAUGUUCGCUCCGAAUCUAUCGACGGCGAAGUUAAAAUCAGUUUAUUGGCAUCGAAAUCAAAGGUAGCUCCCCUUAAGCGAAUUACAAUUCCCCGCCUGGAACUAUGCGCGGCGCUGCUUGGUUCCUGUUUAUAUGAAAAAAUUAUCGCUGCGCUGGAAGUGAAUUUUAGCGCAGUUUACUUCUGGACCGAUUCAACUGUAGUCCUGCAGUGGUUGAAAGCGCCUCCUCGAACUUGGAAAACUUUCAUAGCAAAUAGAGUUUCAACCAUCCAGUCAACAACCCACGGUUCAACCUGGGCGCACGUAGCUGGCGCCGACAACCCCGCGGACAUGGUUUCUCGCGGUUUUCCUGCUGACGAGUUAGUCCUUAGCAAUAAAUGGAAGCAUGGACCUAGCUGGUUAUCCUUACCCAAAUCGAAAUGGCCAGUGCAGCAACCUGUUUUGGACCCGAACCCAGUAGAAGAAAUGGAAAUAAGACCUGUAGCAGUGUCAAUUGCGCAAGAAAAUACUCCCAACCCGUUAUUUCUACGAUUCUCGUAG